AUGGAGGUUUUUAAAGUGGAAUAUAUACUAACAUUAUAUGAAGAACAAGAAUUAAAAUCAGAAUCAGAAGAAAGUGAUGAUGAUAAUGCCAGUAUAAGUUCAGAAGAUGGUGAUGAUGAAUUAGACCUUGACCAAGAAGUCAGUAGUGAAGAUGAAGAACAAAGUGAAAGUGAAAGUGAAGAUGAAGAUGAUAGUGAUGAUGAUGAUGGUGAUGAAAAUUUACCAAAAUUGAAAAAAAGAAAAAAAAAUAAAGAUGAUGGUUCAGAAUCAUUUGCUACUGCAGUUAAUGCAAUUUUAGGAUCAAAAUUAAAAGCUUAUGAUCGUAAAGAUCCAAUUUUUGCAAGAUCUAAACAAAUUUUAAAAAAAGCUGAUGAUGAAAAAUUAGAAGCAAAAGCUCGUAGAGAAUUAUUAGCUGAAAAGAAAAGAGUUUAUGAUCAAGAUAGAAUUAAAGAUUUGUUACCAAAAGAAGAUUCUACUGCAAGACAAGUUAUUGAUCAUGAAAAAAAAUUAAGAAAAAUUGCUCAAAGAGGUGUUGUUAGAUUAUUUAAUGUUGUUAUGUCAACUCAAAAUAGAACUUCAAAUGAAGUUAAUAAAACUAAAGUUUUAGGUCAAGAUCAAAAGGAAAAACUUAUAUCUGAAAUAUCGAAAGAAAAAUUCUUUGAUUUAGUUAAAGCUGCUGGUGAUAAUUAA